AUGGAUGGUCCAGCUGUGCAGCAGACACAGACCCCGCCGAACAACAACAGCCGUACUAACAGAGGGCAACGACAUAGACGGAGAGGCGGCGGUGGUCCCAACAGACCAUCACCCUCGCAACCAGAAACCACAGUUCCCGCCGUCAGGCAGAGUGCGGGCAGACCCUUCGGGGGACGCCUCACACGACUCCACGCAGAAGCACCGCCUUUUGUCCCAUCCUCUCUACCACCGCCUCCUCAAUCGAGCACGCAGCCCAACGACUCAAAAGCUCGUCCUCCUCACCCUGGUCAUAAGGGCACAUCCGCACGAACACCGCAGCGGCCACAGGGACGGAAAGGGUCGGUCGCGCGAUCGACGGCGCCGGACAUCGCCACCAGAAUUCAUGAGGACAUCUCCCACAAUCUCUACGAGUGUGCAAUCUGCACCAACGAGAUCGGUCGGUCUUCAAAAACCCCAAGAAUAUCUCCGGUCUUCCUCCUCACUCUUGCGGGCAGACGUGUGGCCGGGAGAGGACGUUCCCCAAACCAUGUCCACAUCCUUGCGAUCUCCUCUGUCAUGCGGGACCAUGUCCACCAUGCACAGCCAUGGGCCCCAAGCAGAGUUGCUACUGUGGCAAGCAGGAAACAGCGAGACGAUGUGUCGAGACAAAUUACGAGACGGGCUGGAGCUGCGGUGCCGUGUGCGGCGACAUCAUGCCAUGCGGCGAGCACACUUGCCAAAAGCCUUGUCAUCAGGGUCUCUGUGGCGCGUGUACGAUUGAGGUUCCCGCGCGAUGCUACUGUGGAAAAGUGGAAAAAAAUAUAUUAUGCAAAGACCGUGGCGAGGAGAGGCCAAGCAGCGACUGGAUUGGCCUCUUCGAUUGUGGUCAACAAUGUGACAGACUUAUGGACUGCGGAGUUCAUCGCUGCGAAAAGUUCUGUCAUCCCCAAGAUGCGGCAAUACCGCAUUGCCCGAAGUCAGUCGACGUCGUUACUCACUGCCCCUGUGGAAAAACGCCUCUGGCAGACCUCGAGAACGGCCUUCGAACACUCUGCACCGAUCCAAUCCCUAGCUGCGAAAAGGAAUGCGGGAGAUCGUUAUCAUGUGGUCACAAAUGCAAGCAGAUUUGUCAUUCUGGAGUAUGCAGUCCCUGCACGCUCAAAAUCUCCAAACCGUGUCGGUGCGGUCGCAAUUCGUUUGACGUCAUCUGCCACGAAGCGAACGAGGAACCACCCAAGUGCGCGCGACUGUGCAAGGCUACUCUGA